AUGAUGGCAAUAGCAAAGGAAGAAGGAGGUGAACAAAACAGUGGUUCAGACGACAUCACUGGCCUGACAACUGUCAGUGAUCUUUUAUCUCCAGUUGUUAAGCAGGGAACAAAUGAUGACAUUGUUGACUGGUCCCAUGGUAAGCGGUUGUGGGAACUUUCCAAGGAGAAAUAUGAUCCAUUAUGGGUUCAGGGUGGAGGACAUUGUAACCUUGAAACUUUUCCAGAGUAUAUUAAGCACAUGCAGAAGUUUGUAAAUGCAAUGGAGAAACUCUCCUUUACAAAACGAAGCAAGCCACCUCCGUCAACACCAAUUAUAACGGACUCCAAAAACAAUAGGUGCUUGAGAUUCGGAAAAAGAUAA